CUACCCCGAAUGGGGUUUUGGUCGCGACUCGAAUAUGCUACCAAGUCCGUUGACGUUUCAGACCCCAGUAGCACCGAGUGGACCUAGCUUUGCUCGCGAUGAUUCUUCGGAUCGCAAGCGGAAGACGUCCGAUGGAGGCUCCGAUGCUGGCAGUCAAAAGCGCAUCAAGACUUGAGCAGCCCCACCUUGUUAGUAGCACAGGCUGCUGCCUGUUUUUCAUCUGGUUCUUGGGCAUGGCUUUUUAACAAAAGUGCCGUCAUGUUGUUGUACUAGUACAUUUCCCUUUCUAGUGAGAUUUCAUCAUCGGGCAGGCAGGCCAUGGCAUUUCAAACACCUUGUCGACAUUUCCAUAGCUCGUACAUGCUUGGUGCUGGGGCGUUGCUGGAUACCCACGAUUGUCUGUUUCCUUUUCUUUUACAAUUUGACGAUAGUAUUGGCCUUCUUUGGGCUGCAAACACGGCCUUGUCAUGGCAUGGCAUGAUGGGGAUGAGGAUCAAGGCUUGUUCUUCCUUGUACAUAUUGAAUGACAACUUGGAUAAUGGCGCAGAAACCACAUUCCGAUGUCCGGGCCGUUGGUCUGCCGCUAAUGUGAUGCUGUGGUCCAAGUCUGAGCUGUGCAUCCACGGCUUGUGUGUUGACCGGCGUCAUAAGGCGAAGCUAGCCAGCCAGCCCCGCUACGCCUGUACCCUACGCUCGCGGGGGACUGUCAGCCGCAGACGGGCUGUGACUUACUUGGGCAUACCCUUUGGUGGAGCCGCUACCUACAAACCAUCACUACCCGCCCACGCUCGCGCACUGAAUCCCUCCACUGGACGCGCUACCUCUCUAGUCACACUCAUAUAUCAGCAUCAGCCUUGGACCUGGUGUUUGCUACUCCCCAUCCUCGCAACCACCCCCCGACCCCACCAUGGCGUAUAACAAGGGUUUCAAUCCAGACAGACUGCCCAUGCAUGCAGAGCCUGAGCAGGCUGCUCAAGCAAUGGCGCAAAGCCAACCCCCGCCAGGCUCAAGGCCUCCUCGCACCAGCUCAGCGCGCCCGGAAUACAACAAGCCCACGCCAUCUGUACCUAGCCAG